AUGAUAUAAAAAAUAAGCGAAAUCUUCAAAUAAGAUUCUGAAUUCAUACGAUUUCUAAAGAAAAGUAGUCUUUCUAAAGACAAUUAGGUUUACGAAUAAGAAGAAAUAGAUUUUUUAUUAUAAUACAUGACUAAAGAGAAGAAUCUUAGAGAGUUUUUUGAUUUUUACUCGAACUUCGACAUGUAAACUUAUAAUAUUAAAAUGAAAAUGCUCAUUAUCACUCAUUAGUUUAUUCAUUCAAAUGAAGAAUUCUCUAAAUAAUUUACUUCUUUAAGAUUAACAAAUUUUUGUUUACUCAAACACAGCCAUAGAAAUUAUGAAACAUGGUUACUUUUAAAUAUUUAAAUUCCAUUUUUGUCCUAUUUAUAAAAAUUAGCCAUCAGCUUCAAGGAAAUAAAAAGUUACAAAACCAGCAUUUUUAGAAAAUCAAAUUAUUAGAAGUAUAAAUAACUAAUAACAUUAGUCUAAUGAUAGAUAGUUUUAAGAUGGUAAAUAUUGUCAAUAUGGCUCUUUCUCUUGUGCCUAAUUUGAAAAUUGCCCUUAAAAACUAUCCAUACGAUAGAUUAUUAUAAAAGUUAACCUUUAAUAUUUAUUAAGAAAUUCAAGGAUAUUAAAAAAAUCUAAUAAAUUCAAUUAUUACAUUAUUGAAUGAGAACUCAAAAAUUUAAAGUGUCGAUUUAUAUGAGCUCUUAAGAGAAGUAAAAAAUUAAUGUAAAUAAUAGUUAAAAGUAAUUGAAUAGAAAAUGAUAUUAUAUCAUUAAUUUCGAAAUUAAUAUGACCAAAAAGAAGUUCUUUAAUCUCCCUUGCAGAUAUAAAUAUAUUUUGAGAAUUAAAGUAAAUCUUCAAUUUUUUAAAAUAAUUGUAAAGCCUAAACUAAAAGAGAAUAUCGUUAAUCAUCAUCUAGAACAACUAGAUAAUCAACAGGUGAAGAAGUAACAACACCUAGGAGUUAAAGGUUUUUAAAUUAUCUUGAUCUAUAAUAUUCAUCUUGUGCAUAACUAUUAUUAAAAGAUAAGGAUAAGAUUAUACAAGAAGAAUCAGAAACAUAGAUAGAUUAAACUUUAUAAGUAUGA